AUGGAACCCCCGCACCCGGCGAGCUGCGGCUUCCCCGUGGAGCCCCCGGCGGCGGGUGGGUGUCCCAAGCUCUGCGGCAGCCGCGUCUCGCUGAAGACGGCGUUGGCGGCGGUGCAAACGGUGGAGCAGAGCGUGGACGCUCACGGUUCGCGGCUGCUGAACUUGGAGAGCCGGGUGGCCGCCACCGAGAAAAACCACUUGGGACGCGGGAAAACGGUGGUGGAAUUCGGGAGCCAGCUGGAGAGCAAGUGUGCGGCGCUAGGCACCCUCAUCCAGGAGUAUGGGCAGCUCCAGCGGAGCCUGGAGAACAUGGAGAACCUUCUGAAGAGUGGGAACUUACGGAUCCUGCAGCCGCCUCCGGGGUCAAGGUCACCAGGGUAUGACUCAUUGAGGUCAUGGAGAAACCUGGGUCCAUCUCGGCUCUGUCGGGAUCCCGAUCCCUCCUGGCUUAUGGAGAAUCCCGGAUCUCUCUCGGCUCCGAAGGGAUCCCUGAUCCCUCUCGUUUCGGCGGUGCCGCGCACCCCACCGAGCCCUCCCGCCUGUGGGCGCCGCAGUGCUUGUGGCGGGGCGCCGGCAGGGGGCGCUGCGGUGCCGGGCACGGAAGCGGCAGCGGCAGCGGCCGGUGUCGGCGGUGCCGGCGGUGCGGCCAUGGCCGGUCCGGAGGCCGAGCGAGCAGAGGCGCAGGCGGUGGCGGCGCGGCUGCUCCGCCUGGAGUCCCGCCUGGCGCGGGCGGAGCGGCAGCUGAGGGCCGCGCUGGCUCUGCGCGGCCGCCUCCAGGCGCUGGAGCGGCGGCUGGAGACCGGCGGCGGUUGCAGCGGCUGCUGCGGCGGGGCCCCUCGAAUGUCAGCGAAGCGCUGGGCGGCCGGCGGCGGGCGGCGGGCAGCCCGGCCCCGGGCAGGGCAGGGCCCGGUGAGCCUGGAGGACGUGUGGCUGCAGUUCAGCGAGCGGGAGUGGCGGGCGCUGCGUGGUUGGCAGCAGGCCCUGCACUGGGCCGUUAUGCGGAGCAACUACCACAUGCUGCUCUCCCUCGAGCCAGAUGCUCCCAGACGUGAUACCCAGGCCCGGUCAGAGGAUGCGAUCCAGCCGAGUGUUCAGAGCUGCGCGGAUGGGGAUGGGAGAGAUGAUCCUGAGGAGAGUGAAGACAGCAUAAUCCAUAUUAAGCAAGAGGAAGAGUUGGCCUCCGCAGAUCAGCAGGAAGGGGAGGCUGGAAAGGCUCCUGAAGAGCCCUGCCCAGCAGAGCAAGCGUUUUACGAGCCUGAGUCUUCAAAUCAGCCCAAGAAAGGCAAAGAGGUGCAUGCCAGGGAGCUGCCGGGUAUGGAGGGUGAGGACCUCCCAGGAGACCCUGAUGCAGGAUUUCAGACUUACGCAACUGAUGUUUUAUCAUGGAUUAAACAAGAAGAGGAGCCACGCUGCCCUGAACAACGAGACUUGGAGAAAGAAGUCUCUGCAGAUCCAAGCACAGCGCAUGACGAAAACACAAAGAGGGACCCUCCAGCAGGUUGCUUUGAAAGCACAGCACGUGACUCAGAGGUGCCAGGAAGACCUGGAGAGCAGUUUUCCAAGGAUCCUAGCCCCGGAGUGACGUGGGAUAGUCAGUGGAAUUCAGAAAUGAUGGAAACAAACACUGCUGGGAACAGUCUUGGGGAUGAUGCUCAGCACACCCGAGGAUUUGGUGAACACUUGGAUUUCUUCAGCACUCAGGAAAACAGCGUCGGAAAGAGACCAUGCUCGUACAACAAACAGGAGAGAAAUUCCACCCAGCAGGAAUAUCUCCAGGCUCCCCAGGGAGCCCGAGAAGGGGAUGUGUCUCCAGAACUCACGUGUGAGAGGAGUCUCAACGAAAGGGCAUUCCGUGUGCUGCACUCACAGCCGUGUGCUGCGGGUGAGAAAAGAGGCGGGCAGGGGCCUGCUUCUGCCUGCUAUGAGGGGCUACCCAUGGGGCCACAGCUUGCCACCCACCCCGACUGCGGACAGAACCCUGCAGGUGAACCUGGGCUUCAUGAGCACCAUGGCCUGGGUGGAGAGGAGCAGCUGCCAGCAGAAAGCGAGGAGAACUUCCCUGCCGAAAACCCUUUGGCCAGCCCCUGCUGGGAUCAUCCACAGGACAAGGCGGAGGCCUGCAGUAGGUGCCAGCAGCACUUGGCACCACGGGGCAGCCCCGCAGGACAGCAGCAGAGCCAAGGCAGGGGCAAGUCCUACAUUUGCAGUGACUGUGGGAAAGGCUUCGUGUGCCAUUCGUGGCUUGUCAGGCACCAGAUGACUCACACUGGAGAGAGGCCGUACAAGUGCUCCGAGUGUGACAAAAGCUACCGGAGAAAGGAUUACCUUCUAAACCACCUGCGCCGGCACUCGGGAGAGCGGCUCUUCCAAUGCUCCCUUUGCAGGAAGAGGUUUGUGCUCAGGAGGAGUUUGGUGAAGCAUCAGGAAAGUCACUUGCAAGAAACACACCUGGCCUUGGCCAGUUGGCCCUGCACAGAGAUGAGGGGGGCUGUAAUGCACUCCAUAUAGACAAUGCCACCUGGCUGGGGUGGUUUGCAUCACCCUCAGCUGUCACAUUUGCUGGGCAGGGCCAUGGCAAGAUCCCCCUGCUCUGAGCUGGGCCGUGGCAGGAGGAGGCAGCUGUGGAACAGCCAUCUUGAGCCCGCUCCCAGGCAAAGGAAGAAGGUUGGGCAGUUACUUGCCACAGAUGGCAUUGAAAUGGUGUGUGGAGCCAUUUCACCGCCUUCACCAGUGCCUGUUGCUGCUUGGCACGUGCUGGAGCUGUCCUGGAAGUCUGUGGUGCUCAAGAGUUACUGCUAGCUGUGAAUCCACACUGGAGAGAAAGCUCACUGACACACAGAACAUUCUGUAACACUUAGGGCUGGAGAAAGUCUGCAGAGUUACCCCUAGGCUGCAGAGAGUCUGAAGAAUCCAGGGACUGGGCUGGAAGUGAAGUUGCUAACACUAAUUUUCCAGGUGGAACAGUGUUAGGAAAGACCCACUUUUCUGAAAUGCUGUGAGGAAGGAAGCACUGAACCUGUUGGAAGAAGCCUCUUCAAGAGUGGCAGCUGGGACAGAGGGGCGCAGAGUACAAGAAGCAGCUUGUUCCCGCAGUUAAAUCAUGGGGUUCAUGGGGCUCCGUGCUGCUGAACCCCAACUGUGAAUUCCUGAAGGCAGAGAUCCUCACCUGGAAUAGGGUUUUGAUUUUGCAUAGCCUUAAAGUUGUGUGGCAGUUACUUUCCUUCCUUGUUGCAGGUCUUGUGUGUGUUCAGUUUGCCAAAUCCUGUGAAAGCAGACCCCUUAGAUGCUUGUUAAACAUUCUCCUACAGAAAAAAAGUAUUUUUGCUUGUCUUUGGUGCCUCUUAACAGCGCUGUGAGGCUCUGACGUGCCACGGCACUGCAAGGACAUGAUUUCUUCUUUUCCAUGAUCCAAGCCUGGGUGUACCCAAUGUCACCGUGUCGAUGGUGUCAGAAGGAAAAUGCAGAAGCAGCAGCACUGGCUGGGUUCAGAAGAGCGUUUUGGUUCAGGGCUCCAUCAUUGCCAGACAGACUUUGUUAAACGGUCUUUUUUUACGUGCAUGUUUCUGCUUCAGUUCUGUGAGGAUGGGUUCGCGUCUGCUGGGAAUGUGAUGGGUUUUUAAAUUACAGUUGUUAGAGACAUUUCACUGCUUGUUCCACAAGGGAAGGAGGGAGGAUGGGCAAGCUUGAAGC